UUGUCUGCCAUUGAUGUUAUUAAGACACUUUGCCACAUCGAUUAUACUGCUGGCGUCAGUCUGUUUCCAGUACCUGUCCAGUGCGGAGCACAUUUUUCGCCUCCUCAGUAAUUGUGCCUUAGUGACUGUGCGCGUCCCUCAUUCCCUAACAAAAAUGAACGCAAUCGGUACGUACGAGGUACGGACGCGGCUUCUCUAUACGUCACGAAUCGGUACAGUGUUUCUGCUGUUGAUCGACGCAAGCAUAUGGCUACAGCGGCCAGACAUUGUGGAUUUCCAUCAUCGUGUUCAACCGAUCCCGGGACCAUUCAUACAGGACAUUUACGAUUUUGUGGUAGUUGGGGCUGGUUCGGCCGGUGCCGUGAUGGCAGCACGAUUGUCCGAAAUUUGUCACUGGGAUGUGCUGUUACUUGAAGCCGGUACAGACGAAACCUACCUCACCGAUGUACCGUUCCUCUAUCCAACGUUGCAGACGUCGCGUGUCGAUUGGAAGUUUCGCACGGAACCGUCGGACCAGUUUUGUCUCGCCAUGGAAGACCAUCGUUGUCGGUGGCCACGUGGAAAGGCACUCGGAGGCAGCUCAACCAUCAACGCAAUGCUGUACGUGCGCGGUAACCCGCGUGACUUUGACGCUUGGCGCGACCAAGGCAACCCGGGCUGGAGCUAUGAAGACAUGCUGCCGUACUUCCUGAAGCUGGAAGACAUGCGCGAUCCUCAGUAUGCGAACCUAUCCUACCAUGGCCAGGGUGGUCCGAUCAGCGUGGAACGAUACGGUUACCAUACGCCAUUGCGAAACCUGCUGCUGGCCGGGAUACGGGAGAUGGGUCUUACCAAUCGGUACGGUGAAGUGAAUGGGCCAGUGCAGAGUGGGUUUGCCGUACCGCAUGGUUCCAUCCGCAAUGGGUUACGGUGCAGUACGGCUAAAGGAUAUUUGCGGCCUGCAGCUACGCGCAAAAACCUUCACAUAUCGACCAAAACGAUGGUGCAGCGGAUUUUGAUCGAUCCGAAAGAUCGCCGUGCGUAUGGGGUGCAGUUCGAGAAGGAAGGCCGACGAUACUAUGUGAUGGUUUCGAAGGAAGUGAUUCUAUCGGCCGGUGCACUCAACAGUCCGCAUUUGCUGAUGUUGUCCGGGAUAGGACCACGGGAACAGCUGGAACGGCAUGGUAUUCGUGUGAUCCAGGACUUGCCCGGUGUUGGAAGGAAUUUGCAGGACCAUGUCGCAACCGGGGCUGGCGGGUACACGGUUCAAUCACCUCCCGGGAGCGGUCCAUUAGCGUACGAUUUCGCCGAUGCAGUCGGGGUGGAUACGUUGCAACGGUUUCUCUUUAACGGCGACGGGAUGCUUUACGGCAUGUCACUGUGUGAGGUGAUGGGCUUUUUGAACACCAAGUACCAGGAUCCGGCACUGGAUUGGCCAGACAUUGAGCUGUUUCUCGCUAGUCUUUCCGAUCUGACGGACGGUGGUCGGUUCGGUAAGCGUGGAUCAGGUAUGAGCAACCAGUACUACGCACAGGUAUACGAAGAACAGGUGUACAAAAACUCGUACAUGGUCAUACCGAUGUUAUCGCGCCCGUUGAGCAGUGGAUGGUUAGAGCUGGCAAGUGGAAGCCCGCACGAUCGCAUCCGCAUCUAUCCCAACUACUUCCACGAUCACAAGGAUAUGAUGGUGUUGAUCGAAGGCUUGAAGUUUGCCGAGGCUCUGGCUAACACUACCGCGAUGCGCAAAAUUAAUGCCACCUUGAUCGACUACUCUCGGUCCCCGUGUCGACAGGAACUAUUUCCGAACAAGGAUGACUUCUACAUCUGUUUGGUGAGACAUUACACGCAGACAAUUUACCAUCCGUGCGGUACGGCUAAGAUGGGACCUGUCACGGACCGGAUGGCGGUUGUCGAUCGUUUUCUGCGCGUUCACCACAUCGAUGGGUUGCGCGUUGUAGAUGCCAGUAUCUUUCCCGUCAUUACUACCGGUAACACGAACGUUCCAACGAUUGCAACCGGCGAGAAGGCGGCCGAUCUCGUUAAGGCAGCGUACGCAGCGGAUUUAAGGGCACACGCGGACUCGCUUCGGGAAUGUAAAACGCUCCACGAUGACUAUUCUGCCAAAGCGAUGGAACAGAGCUAGACGUGGGGAAUAGGAUAGCAAAUUAAACUGAACGAUAUUUUUCGGCGAGGUUAUUUAAGAAGUUGUAUUAACCUGUGUGCGAAUAGUUAAGGAAACUUAGGAUUAUCGGUCGGUCUCAUCAUGUCUUCAUUUUCAACCUAUUUUUGCCAGGUGUUGUAUCGUUUGUAGUAUAAGAAAAGCACAUGUAAAUAUUCAUACCAAUUCCUUUAAAAUCUGUAUUUAAUCUCACUGUAUUACCUAUAGUACAUUCAUAAAUUUUUAUUCACUACUAAUGGUUGGUAU